AUGAAAAAGCUCAAUUUCACCCUUCUGGAUAUCGGGUGGAGAAUCAUUCAGGCUGUCGAGCGUCAGACCGUAUCCAUGUUUUACCCCAAACUCUCUUGCAUAGUGGCCUUUCUACUGGCUGUGUUGCCACUGUUUUUUCACGCUUGGUAUCAGCAAUCUCCAAGCCAGGCUUGCUCACACUCGACUCACUCUUCAAUGAGCAUUGGGCCUCUCCUUGAGGCUGAGAUGGGAGGACGAAAAGUAGACUCUUCAAGAAACCCAUUGGACACACCCGGCACUCUGAUUGUAUUUCUUUACCAAUGGAUUGCAGAUUUUGUAACGCAUUGUUUCUUUGCCUCCUCCGAUGGCCUUGUCGAUGGAACUUCCUGGCUUCGACUUACUAAACUGGAUAAUGUUGUUAUUGGUCUUGGGAUCUGGCUCCGUCUCAAUAUCUACAUAGUCAUCUUCUUUCUACUUUCCGUGGCUGAAAGAUCAUUCCAACAACGACUUCUGUAUGCAAAGCACUUCUUUGCUCUAACUUCAAGUCAUCGAGCUCGUAGAUGUCGCAUCCCUCACCUUCGAUUGAACAAGGUGGCUCACGUAAAGUGUUGGCUAACACUUCGCUCGUACCUCAAAAAGCGAGGACCGCAACGCUCCAUCGAGUGUAUAAUCACUGCUACAUUCUACCUUGCCUUCGCUUUUGGCCUCUUCUUUUGCGCUAGGUUCCUGAUCAGUAAUCCAAGCCGACGCGGUGGCGUGUUCUCCAGCCUAGCCGUGUGGGAUAUUUUGGCCUACACAGCAGCACUAAGCUUCUUUCUCCUCCGUUUCCUCACCUUAGGAACUAAGAUCACGAAAAAGUUCCGCAACAUCUCCAUCCUCAUCACCGAGCAGAUGAAUCUCAACCUAUGCAUGAAUCGAAAACCACACAAGAAGGAGGAAUUAUCGAUAACAAACCAAGUCCUGAAACUGGCAGAAAACCUUCUCAAGGAAGUUGACGGUCCCUACCGCAUCUGUGGAUGGGCAGUGAACCCACUAAUCUACAACGUAUUCAAACUGGUCCUCCUCUCCUGCUUCUCAGCUUUCAUUUCGGAAAUUCUUGGGUUCAAACUAAAGCUUUACAAGCUAAAACUAAAUCCUGCCAAUUGGUAA